AUGUUCAUAAUCACGGAAUAAUAACAUCUACUGUUGUAAAAAUUGGCCUAAACCCGUAAUGAUGAUAAAUAAAGACUAAUUAGCAAAUAAAGCAGAUCUCUCAGACCCUCGCUUUUCUUAAAUGAUAUAAAUAGCAUUGUAGAUAAUUCUUUGCCUACUAUUUAAUAAUAAAAAUAGGUCUAGCAUUAAGAAUUAUCUCACAAACCUGAAGAAAUCAUGUAAAUCUAGUCAGAACGAGAGUAUGUUAAACUACCUAAGAUUGGCAGAUUUUCUCAUCUUCGAAAAUCGACACAAACUGAAGUGAACGAAUUCUAAUUUUUGUCACAUCAGAAUUCUCCUAUUCGCAACAACUAAGAUACAUAGUAAUUAGAAAAAAAAUAUUUUUCGAAAACACCCUUAAAGAACACAGGAACUCUCUUUAUUCAAGGAAAUCAAAGCACAAAAAAAAAAAGUGUUAAAUUCAAUCCAUAAAUUGAAACAAUUAAUGAAGCAGGCUUGAUUGGCAGAGAAUUUAUCGAAAUUACUUAGAGACAAAGCAGAUUCAAAAAAUAAAGUGUUAAACUUCACACGCAAGUAAACUGA